AUGCUGGUAUCCUUAUACUCUCUUUGGAUCUUCCUCGGCCUUGUGGCCGUAUACCUCGUGGUCAGGAGUGUCUAUCGUUUUUAUUUCGACCCUCUCAGCCACAUCCCGGGGCCCAAGCUAUCCAUCUUGACAGAUCUUUACGAGUUAUACUAUGAUAUAGUCCUAGGCGGCAGGUUCCUGUUCCAAAUAGAAAAAUGGCACGAGCAAUACGGUCCCAUUGUCCGCAUCAAUUAUCGCGAAGUACACAUUAGCGACCCAGAAUUCUACGACGAGAUCUACGCCGGCGGCGCCCAUAAACGAGACAAGGACCCGAAAUUCGUCACGGGCUUUGCUCUGCCCAUGUCCAUGGUCGCGACAGUAGGUCACGAUCACCACCGGUUCCGGCGCAGCAUCCUCAACAACUUCUUCUCCAAACGCUCCGUGCUAGAAUUAUCUCCAAUGAUAGAUUAUCAUGUGCAGCAGCUCAUGCACCGCCUCGAGGAAUUCCACCAAGACCAGACCGUUAUCCGUCUGGAUGAUGCUCUCGCCGCGCUCACCUCAGACAUAAUCACCCAUUACUCCUACGGGCGCAGCUGGGGUUAUCUGACGGACAAGAACUUCGACAGUCACGUCCGUAAUGUGGUAAACGACGCUUCCACUUACGUGCAUAUCAACCGGUUCUUUCCGUGGUUUGCGAGUCUCCUGCGCCUUGUGCCGGCGCACGUAAUGUGUUUAAUCCAACCUGGAAAGGGGGUGGUGUUUGACAUGCAGAAAACUAUCUUUAAGCACUCCCUAGAGCCUAGCACCGAGCCUCUAAAGCACAAAGGAGAACUGGAACGAGGCAAUAUAUUUGAACGAUUGACGGACCCGAGUGUUCCAGCCGAGGAACGUACCCUGCCGCGACUGCAGGAUGAGGGUAUGACGCUUCUGGCGGCGGGCACAGAGACCACCAGUCGAACAAUAACAGUGGCCGCGUAUCAUUUAUAUCGCGAGAAGGGGAUGGUUCAGCGACUGCGCUCAGAGCUGAAGACAGUGCUUCCAACAAUCACAAGUCAAGCGACUUGGACUGAUUUGGAGAAGCUACCUUACCUGACAGGCGUCGUUAAUGAAUCCCUCCGUGUCGCGCUUGGUCUCACGAUUCGACUGCCUCGUGUCGCACCAACAGAGGUGAUCCAGUAUAGGCAAUAUUCAAUUCCACCGGGGACCCCCGUCAGCACCUCCUCAUACUUCAUGCACCGGAGCACUAGCGUCUUUCCCGAGCCCGAGGAAUUCAAGCCAGAGCGAUGGAUCUCGAACGGAGAAAUUGACCGACACCUCACACGUUACAUCACCUCGUUCACCAGAGGCAGUAGGCAAUGUCUCGGUAUCAACUUGGCAUAUUCGGAACUUUACAUGGCGAUAGCAUACCUGGUGCGACGAUUUGACCUUGAAUUACAUGACACGCCACCUGAGAACUUGCGCAUUACGCGCGACAUGGGGGUAGGAUUCCCUGACACAUAUGAGUUCAAGGUGAGCGCCAAAGUGGUUGGGAUGGUGAGAGAGUAA